AUGGCCAAACCGACACGUGCGUGCAGUGCACAAAACCACUCGAUUCUCAAUCACAAUGCCUCUCACAAUACACUAUCAAGCAGUUCUCUCAAGAAAGGAAUCUUGUACCAUCACGACCAUACGAAGCAUUGCAAGAUCGAGUCCCUUAACCUAGAGAACCUAGUCCCAAUGGCGACCCUGGUGCAAGCAAUUGGCCCCGACAAUACUCAAUUGACAGCAGCGACCAACAAAGAAGACUUCUCUCACGUGGAAGUUAUCGCAGUCAACAGUGCUGCGUCGAGUCCUCCAACACGCAGUCCAGUCAGCAAGGCCGUCGACGACAGCAAUGGCUCAGAUAUCGCAGAAGAUACCCUCCUCAGCACCACACAAGUCUCUCCCGUACUCACACCUCUUGACCUAAACGCAACACACCUCAUCAGCUCUCCAUAUGACGACUUCGCGAACCAACUCACACUCCACGACCUGGAAACUCCGUACCGGUUAUUCGCCUUCGCGCUCACAGCGCUCAAGCCAAUCCGCGAAGAUUACGCCACAGCACCAUAUCUGGAAUCUUUCAAUUGGUCAGAAGUCUUUGCGCUGCUGCGAGAGUUGUGCAAACAGGAGCGUUUUGAGUGGAAGGAACUCAGCUUUUACACGGUGAUCUUCCGUUCGACUCUCCUGCCUGGCAUCGAUCGUGACAGACUCGGACUCCUUGAUCAAAUGUCUCAUCAAGAAGCUUGUGCGAGUGGAGGGCUACUAAAGUAUUGGUUCGGGAGCUGUGAUGGAGAGCUGCGAAACCUGGCGACUUGUCUUUGGCGUAGCCGAGAAGACGCAGCAGCUGGAGGCGGAGGACCUUGGCAUGCUCAGGCUCGUGCGGCGGCCAGAACGAUGUACAAGCAGAUCAGCUUCCAUACGCACAGGCUGGUCGUGGAGGAUGGUGCCACAUCUUGGCGCUUGGAUGCCCACGUCGAGGAACGUCCGAGACGAUGA